AAAAUGAAUUAGCAGAAAUCAAUUUUAAGUGUGAUAUUUUACUUGAUAUUAAUGAGAAUGAUGAUGAUCCACAAAAAUUAUCUAAAACAAUUGCUAAAUCAUUAGAUCAGAUUUCAAUUGAUAGAUUUGAUUGUAAUGGACAAAUUAAAAUUGUUCUUAAUCUAAGAUUAAACAAUGCAUCGAUUCAUCUUAAGCAUUCAAUGCUUCAUAAGCGAUCUAAACGAUUUGGAAUUGAUGAAAUAAUUAAGGAAGAAAUUAAAAAAAAUAUUCAUCUUAGUCCAAGUGAAAUAUAUCAUAUUUUAGAAAAUAAUUAUUCUAAUUUGACGCAGAAGCAGGUUCAUGCAUGGUGGUUGAUUUUACUCAAAAAAGAAUAUGUACAUGAUAAUAACGAUCAACUAAAUUCGGCAAAGAUUUUUUUAAAUAAAAGUGGCUUUAAAAUUAUACUUAGCAAUUGUAAUGAAACAAUCAAGUUUUUGGGUUUCAUAACUCCGUUUUUUGAAAAAUUAAUGAAAAAUAAGGAAAUUAUUGUAGAUUUUAUUUACAAAACCAAUGCAUUGGAGUAUGAACUUUAUUCAAUUAUCGGUCAAUUUGAUGAUGCUGGUUUUGCAAUAGCAUAUCUCUUUGUUGAAGGCAAAAACAAAAAAGAUAGAAUUGCAACAGAAAUUUUAACAUUAUUUUUUGAAUCUUUAUAUAAUUUGGGGAUGAAUAAGGUUCAAUUUUUUCUUACAGAUAAGGACUAUAAACAAAUUUCAGCUGCACAAAAAAUUUGGACAAAUGCAAAAAAGAUUUUAAAUAAUUUGAAAGAAAAUUUGAAAGAAGAUUUAAUAGAAAAUUCAAUAGAAAAUUUAUUGGAUAGUUCGCAGCAAGAUAGUUUAAAUAGUGCAAUUAAUUCAAAAAGCAAUAAUAAUGAUAAUGAAUCAUUACAACUUUUCAGCAAAUACAAAUCUAUUCUGCAAGACGCAUUAGAAAUCAUUCAUGAUCAAGAAAAUUCUGAAAAUAUUAAAUAG